CUGGUGUAAUUUAGCAAACCAAAAACACCCGCGCAACUCCUGAUCAAAAACACUAUCCGGUUAUAGCAACGAGCUACCUCAAAGUUGGCACACUUUAUCAAUUUAUUGAUGAUCGAUACGGAGAUCAAAGGUGAGCAUCUACAGCAAUGCACAGCGAUGACAGACAUUAUUUCAGAAUGAGCACAGGGCCAAGGACACAAGCUGCCUUCAUCCAGGGAAACCAGAGCACAGUGGACCAAGAUGCUCCUCAAUCAGCUCUUCUCUAUCUUUUUCAAGAAGUUUCCCGACUAGCUUCCCCCAUCCACAACAGUUUCCUGUACUCACCUUCGACUUCUACAUGGCCUGAUGAGACCUCAAGAGAAGGUCCUUUCAUGGCUAAAGAGGAUGCACACUCAUUUAACAUCUCCAGUAGUUCCUGCCAGCACAAUGUGUCUUGUUUGUCAAAUUAUAAACAGACAGAAAAAGUGACACGGGAAAGUCACAGCAGCAAAGACACAGCUUUGGUUAAUCAACAUCCUGAAUGCAACAGCCCCUGGAAAGUACUGAGUCUGAUCAACCUGCAGUGUGAGAGGCUUUUGAAUCACGGUGAUGUAGAGGAGUCAGACCAGAGUUCUGUAUCACCUGCCACUAAAUUAGACAACUCAAUAAACAAUGCAUUGACUCAAACAGACCAGGGUGGUAACGUUCUUAAUGAGAAACAGAAUAUUCCAUCUGGUGUUGUUCAUGGGAAAGAUGUGAGGGGGGAUAGAGGAGCUGAUGGAUGUAAACUGCGGUGCUGUGUGAAGGACUCCCAGAUGGGCUGUUGUGUUCAGUCACAGACUGCUGAAAACCCAGACACUUUGAGAUCAGAGCUGGUGGAGGGUGAGAUGCCAGCAUCCUCUCAAUCACAACUCAAAGACACAAAGGAGGAAAGGUUCAGUGCAAGCGGACAAUUAAGGUGGAACCAGGAGUGUAACAAUUGUUUCUCUUCUAAAGGGAAUAUUUUGAAUAUUCUUGUCACUGAAAAUACUUCUCCUUCCAAACUAUCUUUUGAUUCAAAAGAAGAAACUAGUAAAAUUCUGUCAAAACCAGCUCUAACACUGGACCACAAUGCCAACCUUGUGUUCACUACAGAACUCCAAAGUAACACGCAGCUGCCCCCUCUGAGCGUUGACCUUUCUGCAACACAAUCAGCAUCACUUCUAUUAAACAAGGCAGAAAACUAUCACUCACUCUCAAACCAAGAUGACAAAUUUACAUCAUCUAAACCGGACUGUUCUAGUGCUCCCUCAGAGGAUACAUCCCCUCCAGUUUCACCGCUGAGAGCCUCAAGUUACAGUGGAGAAACAAACCCCUUACAUUCUGCAACACCAGAGCUUAAAUCCAGGCUUGUGCAUCAGGAGGAAUUUGCUCUGCAUCCUGCAAAGAAAUGGAGAACCAAGACUCCUAGAAAACAACGUCAUCCUAGCAAGAGUGUUGAUAUCCAAGACCCGGACUUCCAGGGUGUGACAUUCAGGAUGGACACAGAGGUGGAUGACACUAAGGAACAGUGUCGACUCCUCAUUACUUCAAAGUACAGUAAGGAGUUCCGCAAGAGUGUAAGAAACCCAGACUGAGGACUCGGACAGCUCUGAAGUCCCUCAAAACUAUAAGCUCAGAAGAGGAGAGUGACCCAUCAACCAGUGCUUCCAAGGGUAAGGUUUGUGCAUCCUGCUGCACCAGGAAGACCCCCAUGUGGAGGGAUGCCGAGGACGGGACCCCGCUCUGUAAUGCUUGUGGAAUAAGGUAUAAGAAGUACAGAGUGCGCUGUGUCAACUGCUGGCAUAUCCCGAGAAAAGAGAGCAACUCAAAUUCAUGCUGCCUCAAGUGUGGAAACUUUGUGAAGCUGACCUCAACCCAUCGGAAACACUCCGCCUAGUGAACAUACGCAGAGCAAGCAAAGGUUUUUAUAUCCACAUGUGACGAUGCUCCACACACACUUGUAUAAACAGUUCAUGGCUACACUCACUGUGGUCCUCUACAUUUUGCAAACAUGGAGAAGCAGCACCAGCUUCUUGCAUCGUACUUGAGUUUAAACAAGUGCUACAAUGUUGAACAUUAAAGUAACGUUAUUCUCUAUAUUCUCUUUGGCUCUAUGCAUGGCUGCUCUCACUGAGAUGUGGGCAUCAGGGAAAAACAAACAGGUCAACACUAACAGAGUACAGAUGAUCUGUGCCCCAAUCUGUACUCCACCAAUGCUAGGUGCUACCUGCCAACCUGUAUAUAGGGUUUGAUUUCCUCCAUUUACACAAAGAGGGACAUAUCUCGAUGAAGCACGGACAGAAUGUCGCAGAGGCUGGAAGUUGUUCACAAAGGCUUAUGGAAAAAAGUAAGAAGUAAUGAUAAGUAAAAUGUGUUUGUUGACAUUUUCCUUAAUUAUCUCCAGUGUCGUUUAUUUAUAAUGCUCGACAGUGCCAGAUGGCAGACCAAAAACACCAACCUGAGCUCUGUGCUGCAUUCAUGGUCAUUAAGUGCAACAGUUAACGUCUCUUGAUCUUUCAACACUGAGAUUUUCUACUUAGUUCAAAUUAAGUUUCACAAGUUUAAUGAAGUUAUUUAUUGUGUUGUCAUUGUUGUUGUAUUGUUUUUGCCAUGUUUAUUUGGGAUGAUGUUGGUUAAAUUGGCGCUCUUAUCUCUGAAGCUUUGCAGUUGUUCUGUGAAAAGAAAAUACAUAAUUUCUGUGAGUUCCUCAUGGGUUUUGAGGUGUAUUAAAUUCUCUAUGAAUCAUCCAA